CCGAACCGCGAACACUCAAAAUAUCCAGUUCACUAUGGCGGGAAAUCCCACGCAUCUUCCGAGUCCUCCUCCUAGGGUUUCUCUUUCUUCAACUCAACGAUGUCGUCCGCCAGAGACGAACUCUCCCAAUUCGACAUCUCUAACGAGGAAAAAGAUAAGCUGGUUGGCGAAGUAAUUCGAUGCAUUCUAUUCAAAACGACACAAAAUAAUGGGUGUCCAAUAAAGAGGGAAGAGCUGACCCAAAUUGUUACCAAAAAAAGUUACAGGCAGAAGAAUUUACCUGCUUUUGUGAUUAAUGAGGCUAAAUCUAAGCUUUCUAGCAUUUUCGGGUACGAGCUGCGCGAGCUUCAACGGUCGCGCCCUUCUUCUGCCACCCAAAAGACCCGUGUCGGUUCUUCACAGCAAUCUGGGGCUGAUGCGAAAUCGUAUGUAAUUAUAAGCCAGCUACCAGCAGAUGUUUACAAGAAGUACGUGGAGAAUGACGAGACAUCCCAUGUAACUGGUUUUACUUUUGUUGUCCUCGGUAUUAUCCACCUUGCUGGAGGCAAGAUCACAGAAGAUAAUCUUUGGCAUCAUUUGAGACGAUUGGGAUUGGGUGAGAAUGAAGAUAAACUGGCAUUGGAAGCACUUGUCCAGCAGAGAUAUUUACAGAAAGACAAAGUUAGUGGCCCUGAAGGUUAUACUUUGUUCUAUGAGUUUGCAGAGAGAGCUUUAGAUGAAGCAGUCAAUCGUAGAAUAAAGGAAUAUGUAAUGGAGAUUGUGCAAAAAGAUGCCUCCCCAAGGGAUGCUGAUUAGUAGCUGAUAGGAGAUUGUGAGUUUAAGAAGUUGAAGUGUUCAAGAUACAUCUGAAUUGUUUUUUGGGUUGUCCAUUCUUAGAAUUUUGUGACGUGCAGUCAGGUAGUUUGCUGAAUUUUAGCUCCUCAAUUGUAGAUAGUUUGCAGCUGCCCUGUUUGGGGGUUCAGUCCCACAUCGGGGUUGUUAGGGGGAUUGGGGUAGUAUAUUAGUUCCCUGUGAGACCUCAAAGGAUACCGGCUUUUGGGGUUCUCACGGGAUUCGGGUUAGUUUAUUACCACAAAAGUCUUAACUUGCUUGGUAAAAAAAAAAAAAAAAAAAAAUUGUAGAUAGACGCUAACUGUUGUUUCUGACAAUGAGUAACUUCAACAUGCAGCAGUUGGGCUUGUGGAUCUUAGUCAUCUAUGAGAUCGUUUAUGGCAUUAUUUACC